CACUAAUACUUAACCUAAAAAUCAAAAUGUUUAAUAAGAUUAAAUUUAAGAAUAAUUUAAUAUGUGGUUAUAAGAGGCUUAGCGAAUACAGAGCGUCAAGUAAAGGGAAUGUUAAUUCUCACACAUCUAAUUUAACAAGUUAUUUUAAUAGUGCUUCCCAUCUGAAAACGGUUCAACCUCUUGUUCCUAAAGAUUUAUUGGAUAGAGAAAGGAAUGGUUUUGCUAAAAAGCUGUAUUUAGUAGAUUCUGAACUUGCAUCAAUAAUAGCAGAACAUAUCCUACCUAAAAUAAAAAAAUAUGAGAAUGUUGUUGUUUGUGAAGCUAAUCCAGGAUUGGGGUAUCUAACAAAAUUGUUAAAGAGAAACGUUAAGAGAUUGAAAUUGUAUGAGAAUCAUUCAGAAUUAAGAAAAAGAUUAAAAGAAAAUUAUAGUGGUAGAAAUUUUAAAAAUGUGGAAAUAUUUUCUAAAGAUUUAUUACAUUUAUGGCGAAUGGAACGUUUGGAUAAAUAUGAUAAAGGUAAACGAAUACAAGAAUUUUUCAAAGGGAUUCAUAAAAAGAAUUGGAAUGAAAAUCCCAGUUUUGUGAUUAUAGCAACAAUGCCUCAAUUAGAUUUUAUAAAUUACCUGAUGAAAGCGAUAGCAAUUCAAUCGGAACUUAUAAUGCAUGGAAGAAUGGAAUUGUAUGUUAUAAUUAGACCUGGAGAUUUUCUUAAGUUAACUUCUGGACCUCCAUUAGAGUUUCCUGCAUAUCAAUCAAGCUCUGUACUUUAUAAAACAUUCUGUGAAACUAAAUUGUUGGCAGAAUUACCUAGGAAUGCCUUUUUCCCAUGGGAUUCAAAAAUCAAAAUAAAUUCAAGAACGAAAAUUACUACAAAAUACGAUCUAAAUAAAUUGUAUCUAGUCCAAAUUCAAUUAAAAGAAAAUUUUGGUUUACAACCCGAACAGUGUCUUCCGUACUAUUAUUUUGUUAAGCAAUUAUUUGGAAGAGGAAACGUGCGGAUCAUUCCAAAGUUGGAACAAUGGAUCUCGAAUGUUGGUUAUAAACUUAUUGUACCUGAUAAAAAUUAUAAGAUUAGCCAAAAUAUGGGAGUUUAUACCAGAACGGGUGAACUAAUGCCUGAAGAUAUGUUAAACAUAUUUCAGAUCUUUUAUAAUCAUCAAGGAUACUCCAAUAGCCCUUUUACAGCGAUGGUUGAUGCCGAGUUAUUGAAACAUGAAACCGUAGAUACUGAUUUAGCUGAAGAUAAUAAAUUAAUAUAACAAUAAAAAUUGAUACAAUUUUUACACACCUCGUAUAAUUUCUAAAAAUCAGGUAUAAAAUCUAUACUGACAAAUAUAUCUUUAAAAUUAAA